GAGUCAUGGCUGUUGAUUGUUUACAGUACGUUCUUUGAAAUUACAUACUGGAGGCUUCAAAUGAACGACCCCCGACCCCAAACCCCCUCAAUAACCCGACUGACGAAAACGACUGCAGUACAAGACAGUCGGAAGGGCGGUGUUCGUUGCUGGGUUGAGCCGAGGCUGCAGUUGUCAAUCAAAGCGGGCGGGAAGCUCGAGCGUUGCUUCCGGGUUCUGGCCGAUUGAGUGAAUGACUUUGUAGAUUCCACUGUGUCCACUGAAGAAUCCUUGCCUUUUAAAUGACCAUUAGAACUUGAUUUUGAAUUUUAUGGCUUGUGGUAUGGCCAAAGGAACUUCCAUUUCAGCUUCCAGUCCUGGCAUUGAAUACUGGUUGAAUAAGGCUGUUGAAUGGGGCCAGACCACCACUUUUCAACCACAGCAAGAUGUCUGCCUACACUUACCUAAAUUACAGGAGUUCCUAAAGCAGAUUUAUGGAGCCAUACAGCAUAUGAGCACAACUUCAGUAUUAAAAUCAUUCCCACUGAUUGGUCAAUUACUGGGCAGACUGUGUUGGAAUCCAUUUGUUGUAGCAGAUGAGGACAGCCAACAGAACCUGUUACAGUGUCUGUGGUCCUUAUACAGUACAGAACCUGAGAAUGCUGUUGAACUGAAGGCCAAUGAGUGGAUACGGAGCUUGCUACGGAGUUUGACUGGUGUUGAUCAAGAAAUCGGAAGGCUUAUUCAGACUUUACAUUACCCAGAAGAGGAAUACCAUUCUAAAUUGUUGAAAAAUAUGGUCUCCACUUUAGUUAAGGAACUUCAAGGCAAUCAGUGUAACAGAGCUUCCUUGUUUAUAAAACUACCACCAGAACGACUGAGGAGUUUUUCUGUUCUUUGCUCACCGAUUGUUACUUUAAUUGAGGUUUUACCAUUGGUGGAAGCUCUUUUGACUUGUCGUGAAGAUAAUGUGGAUGAAGCUCUUUGCACAGAAUUUCUAGAGUCUGUCAGUACUGGCAUUUUGCAGAAAAACAUUUCACUGUCUGAUAAUGCAGUUAUGAGCUUGUGGCUACGUUACCUCCCUAGUCUGGAGCAAGCUAUUUUACAUCUUACUGAAACUUUGAUCACUCAUUCCUGGACAUCUUUACUGCAAGUCGAAGUUAUUAUCAGGGAUUCAUUACUGCCCAAAGCAGCAGCCUGUCAUCCUUCGUUGUUUAGGGUACUUGAUCAUUUCUUCAGGACCAUUCUACUAGAAUCUGAUGGACACCCUAAAAUUAUUACCAUUAUACAAGCAUUUACACGGUGUUUUGUUCAAGCCCUGCUACGGGUGCAACCUCAGAUUCCAUUGAAGCUCUACUUUCCAACUGUUAACCAAUCUCUUGUGAUGGCGCUACUGGUGCAUCCAUCAGACAUGCCAUCAGCUGCCUGGUCUCAGCACCUAAUAAGUAUUUUUCAAAUUUUGAAGAGGAAUUUACAGGAUGAAGAAGAUACAGAAACUUCAGCAAGUAUAUUUGAGAGCUGGUUUUUAUUGGUUCGGUUUGGAGAUUGGGUCAAUGUUGCCCUACAGCAAUUGAUGACAGCAAAUGAUAUCUCAGAGAUGUUGCUUUGGCUUUUGAUAUUCUACUACAAGCCACAUAUGGAAAAUCAACAAGAAAGUAAUUUAAUGGAACAUAUGAAAUCUGUGUACAAUCAAGUAAAGAUUCUAAUCAACAAGACAUCUGUGACUUUUGAGGAAGUGCAGACUGCAUUAGUCAGUGGGAAUCUCUACAAAGAACAAAGUCACUUCAAAGACCUAAUCAGUCACCUCCUUCUGAGUUUUUUGUUAUUUUCAACUGGUGGCCACAGACUAGCAAAGGAAUCUGUGCAACUUGUAAUUACAGCAACAUGGUUGAUUCUUAACUGCCUUUUGGAACAGCAUAAGAAGCCAUUCAAGGGUCACUUGGGCAAGUCAACAAAUAUCUACCUUAGUGAUCAUUCAAAACAAAAUUUCAACAAAUUCACGUUGGUUGGAACUGCCACUGGUGGAAUUUCAGAAAUGCUGGCUGCUACUGCACACAGACUAAAGAAUAAAGGAUGUGGAGCAUCAGAAGAUGACAAGGUGCAGAGCACUAUUGAACUCCUGCAGCAGCAGUUACAUGAAACUCAGUCUGAAAAUAUGCAGUACAUUUAUUGAAUUAUUCCAGUUUGAUAUAUUUGUUCAGAAUUUUCUACUUACUAUAUGUAUAAAUACACAAUUUUAUCACUUUGAAAAAAAUUCAGGUAUAAAUUGUUCAUAAAUAUUGUGCUAGUUUUUGUGUAAAGCCAGGGACAGCACCAUUUUCUCGCGCAUAAACGCCAAAAUGUCUGUAUGAAAUGAAGUGUAACAAAUAGAAAAUUUGGUAUCAAUGGAAGAUUUCAUUUCUCAAUCAAAGCCCUUUUGUGGUUUUUCAUGGAACUGAAUGCAAGAUAUAUUAACAGUUUUGUUUUUGUUUUUACCAGUAAUGUAAAAGAAAGCUCUUGAAACUCUGCUUCUUUAAAAGGAGACAUCUGCUUUCACAUUCCUAGUGUAUGACACAGUCUGACUUGAAUAAACUGCAGAUAUUUUUACUGCCAUUUUAUGCUACUUGACAUUUACCUUGUAAGCUUAAAGGCAACAUGGGCACAUACACUAAAGCCGAAGUAAAACUGGGUGAAAAGCAAUACUCAGUUAAGCGUUUAUAUGCAUUUUUAAUUGGGUUUUGAAUGGAUUAGAAAUGAGUCUGAAUUUCUG